GACGGGCUCGGGGCGGGGCGGCCGGGGGCCCGGGGCCCUGGGGAAGAUGAACGCCCUCCUAGAGCAGAAGGAGCAGCAGGAGAGGCUGCGGGAGGCAGCGGCCCUGGGGGACAUUCGGGAGGUGCAGAAACUGGUGGAGAGCGGGGUGGAUGUGAACUCCCAAAAUGAGGUCAACGGCUGGACCUGUUUACACUGGGCAUGUAAGCGCAACCAUGGCCAGGUGGUCUCUUACCUGCUAAAAUCAGGGGCUGACAGAGACAUUCUUACAACAAAAGGGGAAAUGCCAGUGCAGUUAACAUCAAGGAGAGAAAUCAGAAAGAUUAUGGGAGUGGAAGAAACUGAUGAUGAUGACGAGCUCCCCCAGCUGAAGAAGGAGUCAGAUCUGCCCUUUGUUCCCAACUAUCUGGCCAACCCAGCCUUCCCUUUUAUCUACGCGUCCGCAGCAGAAGACUCCACCCAGCUGCAGAAUGGGGGCUCCUCCACACCUCCAGCAUCACCCCCUGCAGAUGGCUCACCGCCAUUGCUGCCCCCCACAGAACCCCCUCUGCUAGGGGCCUUUCCCAGGGACCACACCUCUUUAGCACUGGUUCAGAAUGGUGAUAUUUCUGCCCCCUCUGCCAUACUCAGAACACCAGAAAGCACAAAACCUGGUCCUGUCUGUCAGCCACCAGUGAGUCAGAACCGCUCCCUGUUCUCCUCUGUCCCAUCUAAGCCACCCGUGUCUCUGGAGCCUCAAAAUGGGACAUAUGCAGGACCAGCGCCAGCAUUUCAGCCGUUUUUCUUCACUGGAGCGUUUCCAUUUAAUAUGCAAGAGCUGGUACUCAAGGUGAGGAUUCAGAACCCAUCUCUUCGGGAAAAUGAUUUCAUUGAAAUUGAACUGGAUCGACAGGAGCUCACCUACCAAGAACUGCUCAGAGUGAGCUGCUGUGAGCUGGGUGUUAAUCCAGACCAAGUGGAAAAGAUCAGGAAGUUACCCAAUACUCUGCUGAGAAAGGACAAAGAUGUGGCCCGACUCCAGGAUUUCCAGGAGCUGGAGCUGGUCCUGAUGAUAAGUGAGAAUAAUUUUCUAUUCAGAAAUGCUGCGUCCACACUGACUGAGAGACCUUGUUACAACCGGAGAGCUUCAAAACUGACAUACUAACACAGCAGGGCCUUUAUCACUGAGUAUUGUGACAGUAUGUGUCACCUCUGGGCCAAAGGACAAGCCAUUGAUCCCAAAGCCUCGGAUGCCCACCAGGGCCCCUGGUGUCACUGCGUAGUGUACACUAACAUCAGCCUCAGCAGGAGGGAACCCCGACCCCCAGCAGCGGUGCCACUCUUCCAAGCCUCUUGGUGCACAAUAAACUUAUUGCUGAAUCUCUGAACAGCUGAGAAGUGGUCUUGAGAGGCAGAAGCCGGAGGUACGAUAGCCAAUGUUUUAUGUGCAGAGUCUAGAGUUGUCGAUGCGGAACCUGAGAGCAGACCUAUUUCUAGCCACUCCUGUUGACCAUGCACCUGAAGGGCCGGGAGCACUUCUCUUGGUGUUGCAUGCUCGUGAUGCUCCUGAAAUUGUGAACCGACUAGGGAGGAAGACUGGGGAAAGAAAGCACAUGGCUGUGACGGUUCACAUAGCGUAUUUAUAAAUGUUACUCAGGUUUAAAGUAUUUAAAAAUAUAGUUACGUAAUUGUAAAUAGGCUGUUAACCAAAAGAGCUUCCCCUCCCCCUCUUUUCUUUUGUGACCACUCAUGACUGCCACCUUCUCAGGACAGUCAUCUUUACGUCUCCUCCCGUCCACAGUCACUAGAGGGCUCUCUAAUGCUUUCUAAAGGAACCACCACAUUUUUACUCUGAGGCAGUUCCUGUCAUCCCUGUUGAAUCGCACCAUCCACGAAGAGCACAAAUACUGCUGGUCCCACCCACCACUCUCACUUCCCACCAGAAAUGAAAAGCAGUUUUUGAGCCUGAAUUUGUUGCUGUUUUAACGGUCAUUGUGGGAAACUGAACUAAAGGAGUUAGCAUCUUUAUUUUUGUAUCAAAGAUAAAGGUUAUUUUGGAAAUUAUUAGGAUUUUUACAUAACUCUGAAAUCUGUUGCUUUUGUAAACAAAUUGUUGGAUCUUAGGAAUCCCCUAUCACCACCCUCAGUCCACUGGACAGUCAGUUGUGAGCACCCAAUCAGACUCCGGAGCAUGGUGUAAGGAUCUUUCCCAAGAGUUCAUUUAGAGAGUUUUCCCCUUCUCCUAGGCAUCGUUAAAGUUGAAAAGCCUCCGUUUUGCUGAGACAGCUUAACUUGAGAAAUAGGACCUGGCCCAUGCAGACAAACAGGAGAGCAGGGGCUGGAGCAGCUGUUGAUGAGGAUCCCUGCUGUCUUAAGCUUUCUCCCCAUAGUGCCUAUAGUUUCCAAAGAAACUUAACUUCCUGACUAUUAACUUAAUUGUAUUAGAACACUGCAGUUGAGUGAGAACAUGCAGAUGCCCGUGGAAGAGGAUGUUGUGCUGAGGACAUGGCCUCCCGCUGCCACCUGAACGCUGGAAUGAAGUUGAGGUGUUCAAGGCCAGCUUUGUGGGGUCACCCUGUGUAGUGGAUUAAUCAUACCCACCCUUGGUACAGCUGGUGACUUCCUUUUGUAGAGUGUUUGCAUAGCCAAGUGGCGGUUGCUCAAUCCCCCCCUUCUCCCAAGUGCUUUAAUGAGGAAACCUCCCCUGUGUUUCAGCCCAUCAGCCCAUCUACUUUAUCUAGAUGUACUAACCUUUUUUUCCCCCUCAAUUUGCUUUGGAAAAACUUAGUUUACUGAUACAAUUAAGUGUGGUUCUAUCUUGGAAGAAAUAAAUUCAGUAUUAAUUCAUGUCUAAAUUACUGGGGUUCAAACUCCAUCAGCCACCCCAAUUGAUGAGAGCUUCUUGGAAGCAGUAGAGACCUGGCUGGGAGGUGGGCUACAGAAGAGUGCCCCAGAGCACAGAAGCAGAGUGACCAAGGGUCUUGGUGUCCCAAAUGGGGGACAGGUCCCACUUGGCUCUGCCCAAUGCCCUGUCCUUUGCUGAAGUCCUCUGUGGUCAUUGCCUCUGGCAGUGGGAUGAAACUGCAUGGUUGCUCUUAGAUGAGUUUGAAGUCUUAAUCUAUGCAUUCAGAGAAAUAUUUUUAUAUGCUUUGUGUAAUUUAUAACAAGGGAUUUUCUUUCAAGCUUUGUUAACUGAAUGCACUUCUCCUCUACUGCAUACUGAAAGCAUGUGUUCACACUGUGUAAACAUUCACAGGAGACUUUUCCUUGUGUGUCGUCGACUGUUCAGACAUAACAGGUAUUAUUAAAAUUAAGUGUUAACUGGCCAA